UGAGAGAGUCUACUGUAUUUUACAACAAAUAAUUAAAUAAGCAUUACAAUCAUUACAACGUUAACUUUUUUUGAGCAGUCUAUUUUAUUCGCUUCGCAAUGACUGGAAGAAUUUAAUGUCGAAAACUUUUGACAUAUCCAGUGAGGCGCGAAGAAAAAGAAGAAGAAGACUGUACGACAAAAGCAAAAACAAAUGCCGCCAUAGGAGGCGUCUGAAGAAAAUUUGAGGAAAUCUUCAAUAUAUUGAAUAAAACUGUGUAAAAAGGUGAAAAUCAGAAAAUGAGUGCGUUCCUGGAGUUCAUUGAGAUGGACAAUUUCAAGUCCUACAAGGGAAAUGUGUGUAUUGGACCUCUAAAAGAAUUCACAGCUGUCAUCGGACCAAAUGGAUCGGGAAAGUCCAACUUCAUGGAUGCCAUCAGUUUCGUGAUGGGAGAGAAGACCAGUGUGCUCCGUGUGAAACGCCUUAGCGAUUUGAUUCACGGAGCUGCCAUUGGGAGGCCUGUGGCCAAUUCUUGUUCAGUCACUGCCAAAUUCCUCCUUUCUGAUGGUAGCAGGAUCAACUUCCAGAGAUCUGUUAUGGGAUCAUCAUCCGACUACAAAAUCAACGGAUCGUCAGUAAAUUCGGGAAAGUACAUCAUCGAACUGGAAAAAUUGGGUAUAAACGUGAAAGCGAGAAAUUUCCUGGUGUUUCAAGGAGCAGUUGAGAGUAUUGCGAUGAAGAAUGCCAAGGAGCGAACGACUCUGUUUGAAGAGAUCAGUGGUUCUGGUGCACUCAAAGAUGACUACAAUCGCACCAAGCAUGAGAUGCAAAUGGCCGAGGAGGAGACACAAUACACGUAUCAGAAGAAGAAGGGCAUAGCAGCUGAACGUAAAGAGGCCAAAUUGGAGAAACUUGAGGCUGAUCGAUAUGCCAAAAUCAAGGACGAAUAUGCAGAAUUGCAGGUGAUUUACAAUCUCUUCAAAUUGCAUCACUGCGAAAAAGAUAUUGUAGCGCUAAAUCAGGAACUUGAGGGAAAGCAGCAGGAGAUUCAAAAUGUCGAACAGAAGAAGGAACAGGCUGAUGAGGCGUUGAAGGACAAGAAGAAAGAAGGUGGAAAGAUUAGUAGGGAAUUGGCUAAAUUAGAUCAAGAUAUUCGUGAGGUGGAGGCGAAUAUGAGUAAAAAGCAUCCGGUGUUUAUAAAGGCAAAAGAGAAGGUUACUCACACGCAGAAUAAAUUGGAUGCAGCCAAGAAGACGCUUGAUCAGGCCAAUAGGGCAGAUCAAGCUCAUCAGGCGGACAUUGAUAAAUUGGAGAAUGAUCUGGCGGCAAUUCAGGAGAAAAAGAGGAAUUAUCAAAAUGAAGUAACUGGACAAUCACGAAAGAGUGGAGUGAAUGUGAUUAUGGAGCAGAAUCAGAUGCAAGAGGAAUAUGAUCGAUUGAAGCAAACAGCUGAUGCUACAGCGGCUAAGUAUCUCUCCCAGCUGGACUCCGUGAAUCGCGAGCAAAAGUCAGAUCAGGAUUUACUGGACAGUGAGAUGAAUAAAAAGAGUAACAUUGAUGAGCAGAUGAAGAAAUUCUCAUUGGAGAAAGAUGAGGUUCACAAGAGGAAGAUGAAACUGGAGGAUCACAUUCAAUCGAGUGAAUUGGCUCUGCAGGAGCAGAAUCGUAUUAAGAUGGAAUUGAAGACGGACGUUGGGACGUCCAAGGAUCGCAUUGCUGAGCUCCAUCGGGAGCUAGAGGAUGUUCGGGAGCAACUUGGUGAUGCCAAGGUGGAUAAGCAUGAGGAUGCUCGAAGGAGGAAGAAGGAGGAAGUGGUGGAGUUGUUUAAGAAGGAGGUUCCUGGAGUAUAUGAUCGCAUGAUUAAUAUGUGUCAGCCCAUCCAUAAGCGCUACAAUGUGGCCAUCACAAAGGUCCUGGGCAAGUACAUGGAGGCAAUUAUUGUCGACACGGAAAAAACUGCACGUAGAUGCAUUCAGAUUCUCAAGGAACAAAUGCUCGAGGUAGAAACAUUCCUUCCGCUUGACUAUCUCCAAGCAAAACCACUGAAGGAGCGUUUGAGGAAUAUUUCAGAGCCACGAAAUGUCAGACUUGUCUAUGAUGUCCUUAAAUUUGAUCCGCCUCAAAUUGAACGAGCAGUUCUUUUUGCCACAAACAAUGCUUUGGUUUGUGAGACUCCGGAGGAUGCCAUGAAGGUGGCCUAUGAGAUGGACAGAAGUCGCUACGAUGCCCUAGCACUAGAUGGUACUUUCUAUCAGAAGAGUGGCAUUAUCUCUGGCGGGAGUCAUGAUUUGGCCAGAAAAGCUAAAAGAUGGGAUGAUAAGCACAUGGCACAAUUGAAGGCACAGAAAGAGAAACUCAAUGAGGAGAUGAAAGAAUUGCAAAAGAAAUCUCGCAAGCAGGGAGAACUAACGACUGUCGAGAGUCAGAUCAAGGGACUGGAGAAUCGUCUCAAGUACAGCAAGAAUGACCUCGAUGCCAGCAACAAAUCUAUGGAUGACUAUGAUCGUAAAUUGGCUAAAUUGGAUGCAGAACUGGCGGCAAUUGGGCCAAAGAUCUUGGCUAUAGAACAGAGGAUGCGAAAACGCGAGGAUACCAUCCAGCAGAUAAAGGUGAACAUGAACAAUGUUGAGGAUCGCGUGUAUGCGGAUUUUUGUCGCCGGAUUGGAGUGACAAAUAUCCGGGAAUAUGAGGAGCGUGAAUUGGUGAUGCAGCAGGAAAGAGCCAAGAAAUUGGCAGAAUUUGAGCAGCAAAUUGACAAGAUUAUGACUCAUUUGGAUUUUGAGCGUAGUAAGAAUACGAAGAAAAAUGUCCAGCGCUGGGAGAGGACAGUACAGGAUGAGGAAGAUGCUCUGGAUACAUUUAAACAGGCAGAAUCGCGUUAUAGGGCAGAAAUUGAGUCAGACAAGAAGCAUAUUGAGGAGUUGAAGCAGGAGAAGCAGGCAAAAAAGACCCAAGUGGAUCAGAUGGAGUCAGAUACGGCCAAGGCACGCAGAGAUGUGGCUCAGUUGGCCAAGGAGCUGCAUAAUUUGGGUACACAAUUGAGUGCGAUAGAGGCAAAGAUUGAGACGAAAAAGAGUGAAAAACAUAGUAUUUUGCUUCAGUGCAAAAUGGAUGAUAUUGUCAUUCCAAUGCUCAAUGGCAAUAUGAAUGACAUCAUGCAACCUGGUCAGGAGGGGGACAAUGUGUCCACAUCUGGAACAAAUACCACCAUAGUGUACGCACGAGAGGCACAACUUGAGAUUGACUACGGGAAAUUGAGGAGAGAUUUGAAGGAUGCCCGGAAUGCUGAUGCGGUGAAGAAGAAGCAUGAUGAAUUGCAGAAAGAAUUGCAGAAUAAGCAGGAUUUGCUGGAGAGUAUUCAGACGCCCAAUAUGAAGGCUAUGCAGAAGUUGGAUUUGGUGUCGGAGAAAGUGGCUUCGACCAAUGAAGAAUUUGAGAAUGCCAGGAAGAAGACAAAGAAGGCCAAGGCAGCAUUUGAAAGGGUCAAGAAUGAUCGUACCAAUAAAUUUAUUCAGUGUUUCAAUCACAUCUCUGAUGCCAUCGACGGCAUCUACAAAUCUCUGGCUCGCAAUGAAGCUGCUCAGGCUUAUUUGGGUCCUGACAAUCCCGAAGAACCUUACCUGGGGGGCAUCAAUUAUAACUGUGUGGCACCUGGAAAGAGAUUUCAAGCUAUGGCAAAUUUGAGUGGAGGAGAAAAAACCAUUGCUGCUCUAGCGCUACUAUUUGCCAUUCACAGCUACCAACCCGCUCCAUUUUUCGUCCUUGAUGAGAUUGAUGCAGCUCUGGAUAAUACCAAUAUUGGCAAAGUGGCUUCGUACAUUCGACAGAAGACACAGAAUCUUCAAACCAUUGUCAUUUCACUGAAGGAGGAAUUCUAUUCUCAUGCUGACAUCCUCAUUGGCAUUUGCCCGGAUUCAGGUGAAUGCGACUGUCUCAUAUCACGCGUUUAUUCAUUUGAUCUGAAAACUUUUGAAGUUUCCGAUUUGUAAUAUUCUUGAAUAGAGAUUUAGUCUUUUUUAGAAUUUAGAAAAAAUAAAUAAAUAAA